CGCCGUCGCCAUCUUCUACCCACGCUUCAUUCGCGCUGGUCACCGCGCCUUCUUUGAAUCGAACACUGCUGUCAUCAGCCGCUUCGCGGACUUCAAUCGUCUACUUCUCCCAUUUUACACAACAUAAACCUGGGCUUAGGGUAACGCGAGCGCAUCCCUCGACUUCGCGUUGCCACCCAGUUCUAAUCAUGCUGUACGGUCAAAACCUGCCGUGGAGGGCGACGGCAAGGCGUUCGUCGCAGUGCCUGCGCAUAUACAGCUCACGUUUGCCUUAUACUGCAUCGCAUCGAGCGUACAGAGGACUGCAGUCCCUAAUCUCGAGCAAUACCCAACCUAUUGCUGUUUCUCCACUCGCAUCUCUACUACCCUCAGUUCGCAACUUUUCGACGGUAUCAAGGCGAUGGAAGGACAAGCCCCCGCACGGCCCGAAGGAUGAGCCCGAAUUGGCAACGGGCGAGAAGUCGGAAGACAAGGCAGCGGAGAAGUCGGAAGGGAAGGUAGCAGAGAAGUCGCAGGAGUCGGAAGUCAAAGCAAAAACACAUUCCACAUCGUCAUCUAAUGCACCUGAUGGAAAGGGGUCAGCAGGCGGGACCGGAGGCUCCAAUAGCGGGAUAGGAGAUGGCAGCAGCGGCGGGGCUCCUGGCAGGAGGCGGAAGGGUGAAGCUCAAUCUCAACGCGCUUUGACAAAGCCAAUGGUUCCAGACGUAUACCCACAAGUAAUGGCGAUACCUAUCGCGAAGCGGCCUCUUUUCCCGCAUUUUUACAAGACAAUAAGCAUCCGGAAUCCGCAGGUGAUCGCUGCUUUGGCAGAGGCAUAUCGCCGGGGACAGCCCUAUGUUGGCGUCUUCUUGCUUAAAGAUGACAAUGCCGACAAGGAUGUCAUCGAAAGUAUGGACGAGGUGUACGAUGUUGGCACAUUCUGCCAAGUCACCAGCUUCUUUCCGCACCAAGGAGGUGAAGACGGCACAACCGCGGUUCUUUAUCCUCACCGCAGAAUCAAGAUGAGCGAGUUGUAUCCUCCUGAGAGCAAGGAUAAAGCUACCCAAACCAUCGUAGAGGAGCUUAUAGGCGAUAAAAAAGAUGGUUCAAGCCAGGAAUCGGAGAAGAAAACUGAAGACAAGCGCGGUGACGUGGUCCCAAGUUUUGAAGAAGAGGCCGUGGAAGUGAAGGAUGAUAGGGUACAGAAACGAACACAACAGCAAGACCCGACGUCCUUUUUACAAAGAUAUGGUGUCAGCAUGGUCAAGGUUGAGAACGUGCUAGAGGAAGAGUACGACGCCAGCGACUCUAACAUCAAAGCUCUAACGAAUGAGAUCGUAAGCACAUUCCGCGACAUUGCUACGAAGAGCCCAAUGUUUAAGGACCAAGUAUCCACGUUCACCAUGAGUCAAAACGGCAACGUUGCAGAAAACCCUUUCAAGCUAGCAGAUCUUGCGGCUGUGGUCACGGCAGGAGAACCGGCAGAAAUGCAAGCAGCACUUGAAGCAACAAAUGCACAAGAUAGACUCUACAAAAGCUUAACUAUGCUGAAGAAGGAGGCCAUUAAUGCUGAGUUGCAAUUCAAGAUCCAAAAGGACGUGGAAGACAAAAUCAAAAAUCGACAACGAGAAUAUUGGCUGAUGGAGCAGAUGAAGGGUAUAAAGCGCGAACUUGGCAUGGAAUCCGACGGUAAAGACAAACUGAUUGAGGGCUUCAAGGAGAAGGCUGCGAAACUUGCCAUGCCUGAGCCUGUGCGGAAAGUGUUUGACGAAGAGGUCAGCAAACUAUCACAUCUGGAGCCGGCCGCAUCGGAGUUCAACGUCACACGGAAUUACCUUGAUUGGCUGACCGUAAUACCUUGGGGCCAGCGAAGUGCAGAGAAUUUCGGUAUCCGGCACGCAAUGGAGGUUCUAGAUGAGGAUCAUCAUGGUCUCAAAGAUGUCAAGGACAGGAUACUCGAAUUUAUUGCCGUGGGUAAGCUUCGAGGCACCGUUGAAGGUAAAAUCUUGUGCAUGGUCGGUCCUCCUGGCGUAGGCAAGACAAGUAUCGGCAAGUCUAUUGCGCGUGCUCUGAACAGACAGUACUACAGGUUUAGCGUUGGCGGCCUGACUGAUGUUGCUGAGAUCAAAGGGCACAGGCGGACUUAUGUAGGAGCUUUGCCCGGUCGAAUCAUACAAGCUCUCAAGAAGUGCCAAACCGAGAAUCCUCUCAUUCUCAUUGACGAAGUCGACAAAAUCGGCCGAGGCGUACACGGCGAUCCAUCGUCGGCGCUUCUGGAACUUCUUGACCCAGAACAGAACAGUUCGUUCUUGGACCACUACAUGGACGUACCUGUCGAUCUCUCCAAGGUAUUGUUUGUUUGCACAGCAAACAUGACAGACACUAUACCUAGACCCUUGCUCGACCGUAUGGAAAUGAUUGAGCUCUCAGGCUAUGUUGCAGAUGAGAAGAUGGCUAUUGCAGAGCGAUAUCUUGCACCAGCGGCAAAAGAGCUAAGUGGUCUAAAAGAUGCGGAUGUGCUCCUCGAGAAGGAUGCCAUCACUGAACUCAUCAACAAAUAUUGCCGCGAAUCUGGUGUCCGAAACCUCAAGAAACAGAUUGAGAAAGUGUAUCGCAAAGCAGCGCUCAAGAUCAUACAAGACAUCGGCGAAACGGACCCCGCAAUCUCCGAAGAUCAAGCCCUGACACCUGAGGGCAAAGCUGCGCAGGCAGAAGCUGAAAAGGACUCUACAGAAGCCAAGUCGUCCUCGGAAAUUUCUGAGAAAGAGACGACAGAAAAGCCGCGAAUCGCUCUUGAGGUCCCGAAGCAUGUCCAUGUCCGCAUUAACAAGGACAAUCUGAAAGACUAUGUCGGGCCUCCGAUAUUUACAUCGGACCGACUGUACGAAACGACGCCCCCCGGUGUUGCAAUGGGUCUUGCAUGGACAUCGAUGGGCGGUGCAGCCCUUUACGUGGAGUCUAUUCUACAGUCUUCACUCGCCGCGUCCGGUACCCCAGGCUUGGAGCGUACUGGGAACCUCAAGCCCGUCAUGAAAGAAUCGACGCAAAUAGCGUAUUCUUUUGCUAAAGGUUUCUUGGCACAGCGUUUUCCUGAGAACAAAUUCUUCGACCACGCGAAAGUACAUCUUCAUUGCCCAGAGGGUGCCGUGCAGAAGGAUGGACCAAGUGCUGGCAUCACUAUGGCGAGCAGCUUGCUUAGUCUCGCGCUCGACGAGAAGCUAAGUGCAGAAAUAGCCAUGACAGGUGAGCUCACAGUUACGGGUAAAGUGUUGCGCAUUGGAGGACUUCGAGAAAAAACUGUGGCUGCACGACGGGCCGGUGCCAAAACUAUCAUCUUCCCGAGAGACAAUUGGAGUGACUGGCUGGAGCUCCCCGAGAACAUCAAGGAAGAUAUCGAAGGCAAGCCGGUCGAUUGGUAUGCUGACGUAUUCGAGAUUCUUUUCCCAAAUGUCGAUACACAGCGGGCCAAUACACUUUGGAAAGAUGUCUUGAAUAAGUCAAAGAAGCAACGAAAGCAUGAGCCGAAGAGUGAAGAGGAUGAACAGGAAAACUCUGACGAUUAAAGACACGCGAUCUAAGAUUCUCUCGGAGAACGCAUUUAUGCUGAUCUUCACGAUCGGUAUUGGUUUGCUCUCGUAUUCUUAGCGCAGCUAAGCGUGGCUUGCAUGCUCUGUAUAUAUUAUCGUAUCAUAUGUGAACAUACAUGCAUUUUUGGCACAAAUGCAUUGUUCAAGUCAUCGGGUAGAGGAAAUAUCUAGACUAGACUAGAUUCAUUCUUGGGCACAGAGUAUGGAUUGGUCAACCGUGGUAGUUGAUGCUUCCUCCCACAGCGAAUUACAAGCACUCCACUCGAAAUUGGUAUCGUUCGAUUCUAAUCUAAUGCUAAAGAGAAAUGGACUGUUCGGCG